AUGAGCAACCUGAUAUUGACUGGCUCCAGGGACUUGGAGGACGUCCUGUUCGCGUUCGCAGAGGAUGCCCCCGCCCCCGGAGCGGCGGAGGCGGGCGGCGCCGCGGCCGACGACCAGCAGCAUGGCGUGCGCAAGCGCGGCAAGGGCCGCACCGAAGCGGCGCACCCCACAGACACGAGCGACAUGGCGCCGAUGAGCCCCGGGAACCUGGAUGAGCUCCUCGCGGGGAUCGAAGACAGCGUGGACAUGAACGCCAUACUGCCAGUGGGCUCCAGGGAUCUGGAAGAGUUGCUGGCCCAGCUUGCGCAGCCCAGCCCCUCAGAGCGCCCCACCACGGCGGCGGCAGCGGCGGCGGCGGCGGCGGCGGCGACGAUGACGGCGGCAGCCCCAGCGGCGGGCGGCGCCGGGGCCGAGGACGAGGAGCGGCGCAAGCGCAAGCGCGCGGCGGACCGUACGGAGGAGGAGUGGGCCGCGCACCACGCCGAGCAGGACCGGCGCAGGGGCGUGCUGCUGGGCGCGAUCCGGGACAGGGGCCAUGCGAUCCAGCCAGCACCAAAGAGCGCGUUGGACAAGGUGGGGCGCUCGAGCCUCUGCAGGCGUUGA